AUGUCAGAGACUAGUCUAAUCGGGAAGAGUCAUAGACUGUUGUUCCAAUGUGAUCGCGGUGGCACGUACAUAAGCAAGAAAACCUCCAUAAAGGUUACAAACACAAAAAAAAUUGAUUGUCCUUUCAGAUUGAAAGGGGUGAAAAUGCGAACAGGUGAUGACUGGAUGGUAAGGGUGCCACAAGAUAUUUUGACAUCGUUGAAGAAGCAGAAUCCGGACAACGUGUCUACCAUUAAGACUGUAUAUAAUGCACGCCAGAAAUUUCAAACUGAAGAGAAAUCCGGUAAAACCCAAAUGCAAGUUGUCAUGUCAUUCCUACAACGUGAAGGAUACAUUUUCGAGAGUCGAACAAAUGAUGUAACCAAUGAGCUUGAAGAUUUAUUCUUCGCACAUCCAGGAUCAUUAGAGCGAUGGCGUGCAUUCCCGUACGUGUUAUUGAUGGACGUAACAUAUAAAACAAACAGAUGUCUGCAGUCAACAAUGGAUGGAUGCACUGGUCGACGAGUUAUUGUCACCGACAUAGAGUUGGCCUUGAUGAAUGCAUCUGCCCAGGAGUAUUUUGAGCAAAUGCAAGUCAUCCGUAACAGACAACAAAACUUGAAAUGCAUUCUACAAAACUUGGCGGACCUUGAGGUAGUGUUUCAAAACUUUCCAUUUGUUAUUAAUUAUCUUAAAGAUGUAUGGUUGACACCGUAUAAGGAGAUGUUUGUAUCCGCAUGGACCAAUAAAUAUCUGUAUUUUGGAAACCAAACAACUAAUAGAGUAGAGAGCCAGCAUGCCAAGUUGAAACGAUACUUGGAGUCAUCACAAUCAGAUUUGGUGACAUCACUGUCGUUUAUUCAUCACGUCAUCCAAUCACAGGACAUAGCUAUCAAAGCGAGUAUUGAGCAGAGCAAAACUAUCGUCCAACAUCGAUUCAAUAUACCGCACUUCCAGGAAUUAUGUGGUUUCGUUUCAAUCCACGCAUUGCAUCUGAUUUUGAAAGAAUUUGAGCGAUCUAAGAAUGCCGGAGAAGUUUCCUACAAAUGUGGAUGUCAACUUCGUACGAGCUAUGGACUACCAUGUGCGCACGAGCAAGCAAUAUAUUUGAACGAUGGUCGUCCCAUACCAAUUAAUUCCAUAGAUAAUUUUUGGAGGAAACUGGACUUAUCACUGUGUGUGUCUCUUCAAGACGAUGACAUCGAUUGUGUCGUCGAUCUGCAAGUGUUCAUGAAACAAUUUAAGCAGCAAACAAGGCAUGACAAAUUCAAUCUUUUAAGGAAGUUGAGGGAGAUAAUCACACCAUUGACAACUUUAAUUCGUGAACCUGUUGUUAAGACAAACACUCGUGGACGCCCCUCAAAGAAAAAAGUUGCAUCAAAUACUCGUGCUAAUCCGUCUGCAUUAGUGUUCGUUGAGUCUGAUUCCCCUCAUUCUCAGGAACCAAGCAGACACAGUUAUUCGUUUGGAGGCCCCGGCUCGAAGAGCAGGGAAGACAUAUCCACUCGUGCUAAUACGACUACAUUUGAGUUUGUUGAGCCAGAUAUUUUCCAAUUUCAAGAACCAGCGAGACACAGUUGCUCCUCUACUUACAACUACUCUGUACAUGCCUAUAUUCGUCAGUUUCCACCUAUACUUCAUCCUUACAUUAUGCAUGUACAAGACGUAACACCUGAUGAAAAUUGCAGCUUUCGAGCGAUAGUUGUCUGUCUUGGUCUUCACGAAGAUGCGUGGGCAACUAUCCGGUAUAACUUAAUAGAAGAAUUGCACAUAUUCAGGACACAAUAUGUUGAAAUAUUUGGCACUGAUGAUCAGUGGACUCGUGUUUACAACUCACCGAACUUCUUUGCAUUAGAUAGAGGAGCAUCGAUUGAGCAUUGGAUGACUAUGCCUGAUAUGGGUCUCUUGAUUGCUUCAAAGUUCAAUAUAGACAACCGUUCUCCGGCAGGCGUCGGGGUUAUUAUCAUAGAUAGCGAAGGCGAAAUCCGUCACUCUGAGUGUAAACCAAUCCGUAGGAUAGGCUCUAGCCUUGAAGCUAAAGCCGAUGCUUUCCUUUUUGGCAUCCAGUUAGCUAUACAAACAGAAGCUCCCAAACCAAGGAGACCGCAAGGAGUAGCUUCAGAUACCCUUCUAUCAUUACUGAAAGCAGAGCAGUCCCCUUCUGGAGCUUGUCAUAGGAUAAACUUUACAUAA